CUGAUGUACCCGUAGCUUACCGCAACUUUAAGUGAUUCUCCAUACUGCAAGUUCACUUCACUGCAUUGCACUACACUCACUCCACUGCACUGUUGUUCUCCCUCUCGAGUUGUCAAUAAAAUAUGCUAGUAUGUCAACAAUGUCACUCAUGUCUUGUCAAUACAUUUACACCUAACCACCUCGCAUUGUAUCUGUUUUUUUCUCCUUUUCAAAAAUCAAUUGAUGAGUCAACUCAAUCCAUACAUAACUUAUAAAUCAUGUCGACAAUACCAUCCAGGACGAGGUCAAUUCGUAAACCUUCAGAAAGAAUUACUAAUCUUAGUCGAUCCGAUAAGUCACCUGUGGCUGCAGCUCCCGAGGGUACAGCUUCACCGAGUCGUUUACCUACUAUCAAACCACGAAGAACAACCAUAUCAACCGCUUCGAGCACCUCAACCUCUACACGACCUUCCGCCACGAGCUCAAUUGGUACCGGCAGUGCUUCCAUACGAAGCCCAUCCACUCGGGCAAACAUAAGCAAGCUUCCCACGAAUGGACUUGCUCGAUCGACCUCAAUUCGAAAUACAUCCGCCGCGACGUCUGAACCCGUGAAGGAUCGUUCAAGGCCACCCAUAACUUCUUUAAAUCGUCACAUUUGUACCUCAUCGAGCACUUCUACCACUGCAAGACCAGGCCAUCUACGUAGAAAAUCCUCAUCGACCAUUCUAAACAACUCCUCCACUGUCCUCCGCCCACCUAGUCAAUCGUCACAAAGAUCGCGCCCGCCAAGUCAAUCAUCGCAGAGAGCACAACCACAAGAUGCUCCAGUGAGAACUCGUCCACAGUCCCUAUAUGCAGACACAUCAAUCCGCAAACCUGCAUUCUCUACUCUUCAACAACACUUUUCCCCGGCAAAGAAUAUUGGUUCUAAACCGCAUCCUGCCACAUUCCUCGCUGCUCCGACUCCCAGUAAAUUACCUUCCAACAUCGCAAUAACUGCAGAAGCCGCGAAGCUCCAAAAUGAACUAUUACAACUACACAUACUGCAUAGAGAUGCGGAACUAGUGAACAGACAGUGGAAAGCUAGCGCGAAGAAAAAGCUUGGGGCAAAGUUCCAAUCAGUGGUGAAGAGACAUGAUGAGUUGAUCCACCUGGAGGUGGAGGAAGCUGGAAAGGUCAAUGCUGCUGCUUUAAAAGAGUGGCAAGGCAUAGGAGCUCCGGGAUGGGGUCUAGAGGAGAGGAUUCAGUUGCUUGACGAAGUACUCAAUGAAGCUUGGAAUCUAGGGGAACCUGGAGGAAAAUAUGCCAGGUUAGUUAGAAAAUUCGAGAAGUGGGUUGUUAAAUGCGAGCAGAUAUUGAAGGAUAGGGAGCAUGACCAAAUGUUGGACGAGGAAGAGGAGGUUGUGUUUAUUGAGGAACUAGACAUGGCAUGGAAAGAUGAAUGUUUGGUUCUGAAGAGGAAACUCGAAGCAUGGCGAGAUGCUCUAGGAGAUCUCGGGAGGUUUGAACAAGAGUCCACAAUGGCGAAUGUGGUGGGUGGGAUUAGAGCCUUGGUAAGUGGCAUGCUUUUAGAGUUGGAGACCAUGGCGCAAAUCGAAUCAGAUGCCCUGGCAUUGGAACAGGAAUGCAUCAAGAGUGUGAAUGGUGGUUUAGAACAUGAUGAUGAUACCCCUGUUGCAGGCGCUGUAUGGAGGUUUAUGUGAGCUAUCAUGUGUCAAGGACCUUGUACUUUCGAGGCUUUAUGCGGGCUCAUUUAUAACUGGGUCAAGGAGGACUAGAUCGCUUUCGUGCCAUAUCCUCUUACUUCACAUGUCAUCAACGCCAAUAGUCUAAAUACACAAUCAACGGUCGCUGAUCCAUGAAACCUGAUACAAAUACUAUGAAACACAAGAGAUUGCAAGGAGACAAUAUUGCCAAU